AUGUCUUAUUCAAUUCAAAUAAAUACAGAUGAAAUUGCAAGUAAAUUUGAUUUUUCUUCAAGUAUUAUAUAUGAUACAAUAACCGAUCAAUUAUCAUGUACAAUCGAUGCAUAUCUUGAUUUGUUUAACCCAUCAACAACAUAUAAAAUUGGGCAACAAUUUCAAAUUUUACUUCAACACCUUUUCACAUCAAAUUCAAUGAAUGAAACUUAUCAAUCGAUUCAUGAAUCAUCAAUAAUAUUACCUAAUGAAAAGAUUCUUAUGGCAUCAAUGAAUAAUACUCAAACUUUGUUUUCUUCAUCUAAUCAUUGUAUACAGCAUGAAUUUAUCCAGCAAGUAAAUAAGCAAUCACAAAAGAUAGCCAUAGAAAUUGAUGAACAAUCUCUUACUUAUAAUGAAUUAUUAUAUUAUGCACAAUGUUUAUCUCUUCAAUUUUUAACAAAUUCUAAUUUCAUACCUGGUAGUGUUGUUUGUUAA